GAACACCGGCCGGAGGAGACACUCACUGUCCUUGCCUCGCGUCCUCUGUUCCAUUCCUAACCCUUUUCCGGCCGUGUUCUCUCCCUCGCUGCCACGGAUAAAGGGAUGAUGAACUUGCCGGCUGCACCCGGGGACGAGUUCGGCGGGUAUGGAGCUCCCAACCCGCCGCCGCCGUCGCUCUUCCCGAUCAUGGAUCACCAGGAGAGCGUCCACAGGGAGCACCACCACCUCGGCUACAACCUCGAACCCAACUCCCUCGCCCUUCUCCCCCCAUCCAGCCACGCUACCAUCGCCGCCCACAGCCCCCACGACAUCCUCCAGUUCUACCACCACCAACCCACCUCCCACCACUACCUCGCCGGCAACGCCAGCCCUUACGGUGGCGCCCACUUCAACAACAACGGCGGCUUCCAGUCCUACUACCAGCAGCAACAGCAACAGGGAGCGGAGUACUACUUCCCCACGACACUAGUCAGCUCGGCGGAGGAGAACAUGGCCAGCUUCGCUGCCACGCAGCUCGGGCUCAACCUCGGCUACCGGACCUACUUCCCGCCCAGAGGCGGCUACACCUACGGCCACCACCCGCCGCGGUGCCAGGCCGAGGGCUGCAAGGCCGACCUCUCCGGGGCCAAGCGCUACCAUCGUCGCCACAAGGUCUGCGAGCAUCACUCCAAGGCGCCCGUCGUCGUCACCGCCGGCGGACUCCACCAGAGAUUCUGCCAGCAGUGCAGCAGAUUUCAUCUGCUUGAUGAGUUCGACGAUGCGAAGAAGAGCUGCAGGAAGCGGCUCGCGGACCACAACCGCCGUCGAAGGAAGUCAAAGCCGUCUGAAGCCGAUGUCGGAGAGAAGAGGAGGACACAGGCCGGCAAAGCCGCAAGUACCAAAGGCAAAGCAACUGGUAGCAGCAGCAAGAGUACUGGCACCGGAGACGGGAUGGACAUACAAGUACAGCUGGGGAGUGCAGACCUAUCAAAAGAUCAGGAUGAAACAAUGGGUCUCGGAGAGGUGGUGAAGGAAAUGCAGGUGGAUCCCAAGGGGAAAGCAUCAAUGCAGCAGCAGCAAGGACACCAUGGCGCCCAUGGUCUUCACCUGCAGAGUCACCAUGGUUUCCCUUUCCCUUCGUCCUCUGCAGGACCGUGCUUCCCACAGAGCCAAGCUGUCUCGAGCACUGACAACACAUCAAAUAUAGGUCAAGUGCAGCAAGAACAGCCAGGCUUGGGGUUCCAUCAGCAGCUACACCAGCACAGCAACAUCCUUCAGCUGGGUCAGGCCAUGUUUGAUCUAGAUUUCGAUCACUAGCUAAUUAAGCUGAUAUAAUUAGUAAUAUUUAAUGCUCCAUCUGUGUACAAGUUGGAUCAUUUUUCUUUAUAUCUUGUCUGUA